AUGGAUUUCCUGCUGCUCGGUCUCUGUCUAUACUGGCUGCUGAGGAGGCCCUCGGGGGUGGUCUUGUGUUUGCUGGGGGCCUGCUUUCAGAUGCUGCCCGCCGCCCCCAGCGGGUGCCCGCAGCUGUGCCGGUGCGAGGGGCGGCUGCUGUACUGCGAGGCGCUCAACCUCACCGAGGCGCCCCACAACCUGUCCGGCCUGCUGGGCUUGUCCCUGCGCUACAACAGCCUCUCGGAGCUGCGCGCCGGCCAGUUCACGGGGUUAAUGCAGCUCACGUGGCUCUAUCUGGAUCACAAUCACAUCUGCUCGGUGCAGGGGGACGCCUUUCAGAAACUGCGCCGAGUUAAGGAACUCACACUGAGUUCCAACCAGAUCACCCAACUGGCCAACACCACCUUCCGGCCCAUGCCCAACCUGCGCAGCGUGGACCUCUCGUACAACAAGCUGCAGGCGCUCGCGCCCGAUCUCUUCCACGGGCUGCGGAAGCUCACCACGCUGCACAUGCGGGCCAACGCCAUCCAGUUCGUGCCCGUGCGCAUCUUCCAGGACUGCCGCAGCCUCAAGUUUCUCGACAUCGGAUACAAUCAGCUCAAGAGUCUGGCGCGCAACUCUUUCGCCGGCUUGUUCAAGCUCACCGAGCUGCACCUGGAGCACAACGACUUGGUCAAGGUGAACUUUGCCCACUUCCCCCGCCUCAUCUCCCUGCACUCGCUCUGCCUGAGGAGGAACAAGGUGGCCAUUGUGGUCAGCUCGCUGGACUGGGUAUGGAACCUGGAGAAAAUGGACCUGUCGGGCAACGAGAUCGAGUACAUGGAGCCCCAUGUGUUCGAGACCGUGCCACACCUCCAGUCCCUGCAGCUGGACUCCAACCGUCUCACCUACAUCGAGCCCCGUAUCCUCAACUCCUGGAAGUCGCUGACGAGCGUCACCCUGGCCGGGAACCUCUGGGACUGUGGGCGCAACGUGUGCGCCCUGGCUUCGUGGCUCAGCAACUUCCAGGGGCGCUACGAUGGCAACUUGCAGUGCGCCAGCCCCGAGUACGCACAGGGCGAGGACGUCCUGGACGCAGUGUACGCUUUCCACCUGUGUGAGGAGGGGGCCGAGCCCACCAGCGGCCACCUGCUCUCCGCCGUCACCAACCGCAGCGACCUGGGAUCCCCCGCCGGCCCGGCCACCACUCUCGCUGACGGCAGGGAGGGGCAGCCCGACAGCACGCCUGAGCUGGCUACCGUGGCCCUCCCCGGCGGCGAACACGCCGAGAACGCUGUGCAGAUUCACAAGGUGGUCACCGGUACCAUGGCCCUCAUUUUCUCCUUCCUCAUCGUGGUCCUGGUGCUCUAUGUCUCUUGGAAGUGCUUCCCAGCCAGUCUCAGGCAGCUCAGACAGUGCUUUGUGACGCAGCGCAGGAAGCAAAAGCAGAAACAGACCAUGCAUCAGAUGGCUGCCAUGUCUGCCCAGGAAUACUACGUUGAUUACAAACCGAACCACAUUGAGGGAGCCCUGGUCAUCAUCAACGAGUAUGGCUCGUGUACCUGCCACCAGCAGCCCGCCAGGGAAUGCGAGGUGUGAUUGUCCCAGUGGCUCCCAACCUGUGCGCUACCAAAUAUGCCUGGACAGCCGGGGCGGGCCGGCAAGCACCAGGCUGGGGUCUCCUGUCUGUGCUCUGAUAUGCUCCUUGACUGAAACCGCAAGGGGAUCUCUCCCAGAGACUUGACAUUUUAGCUUUAUUGUGUCUUAAAAACAAAAACGAGAUAAAACACAACAAAACCCCACCCCACAACCUUCAGGACAGUCUAUCUUAAAUUUCAUAUGAGAACUCCUUCCUCCCUUUGAAGAUCUGUCCAUAUUCAGGAAUCUGAGAGUGUAAAA